AUGACCUCACCAUCAAUGGGACCACCGUCGCUAUCAGUGCCCUCUACUCAACCUACAUUUUCAUCAAUUGAUCCAUUAAUCGUUCGCAACAUCAUUGAUGAAGCAUUUCGUGUGAAAACGGAUAAGCAGGGUCGCGUCACUCCGUCAACAAAGCAAAUUGGAUAUGAAUUAUUUGUAAGCAGAUUCGAACCACGUCUUCUGAUUGAUGCUUUUGCGGCAGUGAUUGAACAGUUUCCUAUUGUUGCAGCUGAAUGUCCGAAGUAUAACAGCUGGUGGACACCGAGAUUUUAUCACUUGAUUUUUCUCAUUGCACAGGCAUUCAUGAGCGUUUUAGCUUCGGAAUAUGUGCCAAAUAAAACGAGAGAGAAUGAUGACAAAAGGGAUUCAUUUUCAAGUAUCCGUGUAAAUGUCACUGAUGAGCAACGAUGUAGAAUUCUAAGGGAUUUGGUAUCGCUGAAUUUCAAUUUCGACUCAAAUUUUUGGAGCUUAGCCGAUUAUGUAUUGAGUUUAAACAAAUGUCCAAAGGAUGUAGUAACAAUUAUUUCUAAUGCUGCAUCGGCAGGAAAAGCAAGUUUUGCUGCUGUUGAUUACUGCAUUCGUAACAAAGUAAUUUCACGUUACUUCGACGAUCCAGCAAUUUUAUACUCCGCCGCUCUUUUGGGUCCUCUACGUGCUAGCAGUGUUGAAUCAUUUGCUGUAAAUCGAACCGAAGAAUUUCGACAGAGAUGCCGUGAUAUUCUGUUACGAGUGGAGAAAUUGGCCAGUUCGCCAAAGGAAUGGGAAUGUGCAGUUGUUCAUUAUUUGGGAUCCGUAAAACAAAAUGAUUCGAAUGGCAGAGUUGUGGCAUAUACAUACGUCGGAUUUCGUGAUUCAUUUUCAACUUUGAUGAGAGACUUGAGGGGAUUACCGCCGUCAGAUGAUCGAAUUAGUGUUAGAUGGGCCCAUCAUUUAGUAAAAAAGUGUGCCGCGAAGUAUUAUUGUGAAAAAACAUGGAAGAUUGAAAACUUGAAUGAAGUGAUUUGGACAAUACUGGCACAGAGACCGUCCAUGAAAAAAUUUGUCGUGCAAACACUUAGCAAAGACUUUAAAGAUCCUCAAGGUGCAGAAAUGUGGCGAAACUGCAAAAUACCGGUCGACGGAAGAAAACGUAUGGCACAUAAAAGUAAAGAGGAACACUUGGAUCCGCGUACGCCGAAUCCACCAUAUUUAAGCAUACCAGAAUCAGUAGAGCGAAUCGAAUUUGUACGACAUCCAUCUCAUUUGAAGCGUGUUGCAAAUUUGUUGGAAGAUUAUGCAAAUGAUAGUUUCCCACCAGUUGGUGUAGACGCAGAAUGGUCUUCCUAUGUUUCCUACAGCAAAGCAACCAUCCUACAACUAGCUAUUCCGUAUCACGUUUUUAUAAUAGACGUUGAUAAUAUCAAAUCUGAUAUACUGAUGAAUUUCUUCGAAAAACUCUUCGUUGAAUGGAAACUUUUAAAAAUAGGUUAUCAGUUUGAUGAAGAUCUUAUUCAACUACGAAGUGCGGUGCAGCGUUGUUCAGCAUUAUAUCAUCCGAAAAAUUUGAUAUGUAUUGGCAAAAUUGUUAAAUCGUUAAUGAAAGAAAGUGCGGAGAGACCAGAGAUAAACUUGGAUGGGGUAUUUCAUCUGGAAAAAGUACAGACAAUUGAAAGAUCUAUAGAAGGAAUAAGAAGUAGUAUUAUUACAUCUGCUGAAAUGGAUGAAAGUGCAUGGACUCACAUAACAGAUUGUAAGGAGGAUGUCGAAACAAAGAUAAACCUUAUUUCGAUUGAUAUAUCCCAAGCAGUGAAGAAAUCCGAAAACAUAGCACCGGCAGUAGCAGUAGAAAUAGAGGAAGUGAAGAAGUUAGUUACGUCAAAACAAAAACAAGAAAAGCAUGACAUGAGAAAUGUUGGAGAAAAUCCAUUACUAAAGGAAAUCAGAGGAUUAUCAGCAUUGUGCGAACGGGUGUUAGGUAAACCAUUAGACAAAACAGAGCAAUGUUCUGUUUGGGAUCGGCGUCCACUUCGCGAUUUACAGUUGCGAUAUGCAGCAUUAGAUGCUUACUGUAUGUUAAUGUUAUAUGAGAAGUGCGUUGAUUGGGCAUCUCGACUUGAUCUCAGUAUAAAUGAAAUUUGCUCAAAGCAAGAACCUCUCACUGGAACGCUACCACUUUUUUGUGACAUAUAA